GUCAGACGCUUGUGUAGCUGCUGCUUAGGCGAGUCAUAGUUCUGGGUGCAAGAGCUUUGCAGGGUGGAAACAGCCACGGAAGAAUAGAAGACAAUGGGGAAGAUAAGGAAACCACAUAGUGUGUUAAAUGGUGAUAAGGACAAAGCAGGAACCUGUCACAGGCAUGAGGGGUCCCCGGCAGAGAUGACAGUGCUGGCGCCAGCCUGGAGCCCAAAUUCCUCCCUGUUGCUGCUGUUGCUGCUGCUGAGUCCUUGCCUGUGGGGGACACCUGACUGUUACUUCAGCCACAGUCCCAUCUCCUCCAACUUCUACAUGAAGAUUAGAGAGUUGACUGACUACCUGCUUAAAGAUUACCCAGUCACUGUGGCCGUCAAUCUUCAGGACGAGAAGCACUGCAAAGCUUUGUGGAGCCUCUUCCUAGCCCAGCGCUGGAUAGAGCAACUGAAGACUGUGGCAGGGUCUAAGAUGCAAACGCUUCUGGAGGGCGUCAACACCGAGAUACAUUUUGUCACCUCGUGUACCUUCCAGCCCCUACCAGAAUGUCUGCGAUUCGUCCAGACCAACAUCUCCCACCUCCUGCAGGACACCUGCACACAGCUGUUUGCUCUGAAGCCCUGUAUCGGGAAGGCCUGCCAGAAUUUCUCUCGGUGCCUGGAGGUGCAGUGCCAGCCGGACUCCUCCACCCUGCUGCCCCCAAGGAGUCCCAUAGCCCUAGAAGCCACGGAGCUCCCAGAGCCUCGGCCCAGGCGGCUGUUGCUUCUGUUGCUGCUGCUGCCUCUCACACUGGUGCUGCUGGCAGCCGCCUGGGGCCUUCACUGGCAAAGGGCAAGAAGGAGGGGGGAGCUCCACCCUGGGGUGCCCCUCCCCUCCCAUCCCUAGGAUGCGAGCCUUGUGCAUCGUUGACUCAGCCUGGGUCUUAUCUCGGCUACACCUGUAAUCCCAGCCCUUGGGAGCCCAGAGCAGGAUUGCUGAAUGGUCUGGCCACUCUCUGCUACAAGGUGAGUUCAAGGCCAUUGUGAAAUACACAGCGAACUCGUCUCCUGUCUCAGAUAAACAAACAAAAACUCUCAGUUAAGUGACACUUAUUUUUUUUUUCAGAUGAGGUCUCAAUAUGUUUCCCAAACUGACUUUGAACACCUCGAUGCACCUUCCUGCCCCAACCUUCCAAAUAGCUGGGCUCACAGGCAUGCUAUAUACAACAAGGCUUUCUUUUUUUCUUUCCUGGUGCUAGAGUUGGGAACCAAAACAAGGAGCAAGCUAGGCAAGUGCUGUGCUGAGUCACAUCCCCAGCCCAGAGGACACACUGUCUGGGCGUGGCGAUGGACACUGUAAUUCCAGGGCUUCUGGAUUGGAGAUGCUGAAACUGGAGGAUACUGACUUUAAGAAAAACAGAAAGGAAGAAGGGGGGUGCAUUGUAGCCCUGUGUGGUUGCUUCUGUCACCUCCACCCCUUAAAAUAAAAACAACUGCUGGGUA